CAGUGGCUCGUAACGCUGGACGUAUUAUGGUGUAGGCAAGAUCCAGCAGCAUGCCAUGUAGCAAGCUCAAUCCUGGUUAGCACAGCAAAUCGUUCACGAUGGGCAAAAGUGCACUGAUUACGGGCGCCAAUGGCAUCAGCGGAGGAGCCAUACUGGAAUACCUGGUCAAGAAUACAACUGCCGAUGAAUGGACUUCGAUCAUAGCCACGUCGAGAAGUCCGUUCAAAACGACCGUUGAAGACCCGAGGAUCAAGUUCGUGCCUUUGGACUUUUCGAAGAGCUCAGAUGCUUUGGCGACUGAGAUGAAGGAUGCGUGCGCGCAUGUCACACACGCGUAUUUCUGCUCCUAUGUCCACAAGGACGAUUUCUCAGAGCUCAACAGCGCCAACGAGGCUUUGUUUGAGAAUUUCGUCGACGCUCUUGAGCAGGUAGCGCCCAAGCUCGAGAAUAUCACCCUCCAGACCGGUGGCAAACACUACUAUGUGCAUUUGAUGCCAGUGCCCUCGCCGGCGCGAGAGGAAGAGCCUCGUCUUGAGGGACCGAUUCCGAAUUUCUACUUUCCUCAGGAGGACAAAUUGUUCGCCGCUCAGAAAGGGAAGAACUGGUCGUGGAAUGUCAUUCGACCCGAAGCAAUCAUUGGCGCCACAUCGAAACCAAAUGGCAUGAACGAAGCGCUGACUAUUGCCAUGUAUUUCUUGACGUGCCGGGAGCUGGGCACUGAAGCGCCAAUGCCAACAAAUCAGCGUUACUGGGAGGGCACAGACGAUCUGUCGUACGCGCCGCUGAUCGCUGACCUGACCAUUUACGCAUCCACUCACGCGAACUGCGCGAAUCAAGCCUUCAACGUCACGAAUGGGGACUACUUCUCAUGGAAGUACUUGUGGCCAAGGCUUGCGGAGUACUUCAAUGCUCAAGCGACACCGGAUCAGAAGUUUUCGAAGCCGUACCCGAAGGAAGGCGAUCUUCAGCUCGAGCUGAGCCUGCUUGAAUGGUCCCAAGACAAGCGACAAGUGUGGGAGAAGCUCUGCGAGAAGCAGAAUCUUCCAUCGGCCAAGAGCACGUUCGACUUCGGCACCUGGGCCUUCCAAGACUGGGUGUUCCAAAGGACGUGGAGCGCCACGUUAAGCAUGAGCAAAGCACGCCAGUUCGGCUGGAAUGGCUACAUUGACUCGUAUCAAGCCUUCAUUGAGACUUUUGAGACCUUCAAGAGGAAUGGUCUCAUACCGGCGUAGGUAGAAGAAGGAUGGCGGCUGCUCUUUUGUGAAUGUAUAGACGUGUCUUCCUCCUCGUGCGCAUAGGGUCCCAGGUUCAACGUAGAAGAGAAUGUUUAGUGCGUGUCGUACGCACAGCUUCUGCCUCUGCUCCGUCUCUUGUUACUCUCGCUGCUUCGUCUCGAAGUACUCCGGGGUCUGCCGCGGUAUGUUGGCAUCGUGUCGUCGCUGUAGGUAGAUACUGUCUCGCAUCGCGUUGGCCGGGCGCGUCGUCGCAUCGUCGCGUCGUUACGUCGUCGCAAAAAUGUGUCGGUGGGCAUUAGCUUUGCCUCUGCUAGCAAUCGUAUUCGGACCGUGUCUUUGUCGCUACGUGUCGGUUCCGUACAGAUAGUUGCGGCCGGCAAGGUUCGCUCGUCGCGUCGUAGACGACGAAUCGUAACGCGUUA